GAGCAUAAAAAUGAACGGAUUGUAUAAGCGGUACAUACCGCCAAAGACCACUUCGGCUGCUCAAGCGGCACCCUCGCUCCCUACACCUCCGCCGACGACAUCAAAGCCGAUUCCCGAAUUCGAAAGUGAGAAGAAGCGCAAGCGAGAAAGGUCUGAAGAAGAGGUAGCAGAGCGCAAGGCGAAAAAGCUGCGGAAGAAGGGGAUAGACCCAGCGACGAUACAGCAUGUCGAGACCGCGAAGCAGCCUGAGCCACAAAAGCUAGAGCCAGCGAAGGGCAAAGGAUCUCCCUCAAAACCUGUGCCACAGCCGACAGAGGAAGAAAUAAAGGCUACACGCGCUGCAGCAGAAGCGCGAGGUGACUUCUCGCACGUCACAAACAAGAAGAAGCGACACAAAUUGGAAGCCCAGGCACGGAAAGCAGGAAUACGGGUGGCCGGAAAGAUUGAUGCGCCGAAAGAGCAGGAGUCGCAACAUGAGCAUGCUCCUGUGGAUACAAAGGAGGUGGCUGGAGCAGCAGAAUUGGAGGUCAGUGUAGAUGUUCCGAAAGAUGUACCUGCGCAGACAGAACAGAGUGAGCCAGCAAAAAAUUCGGAUGCUCAAGAUCCUUCAGCUGAAAGCGUCCCUCAACCGACACAGAAGAGACGACACAAGCUAGAGGCUGUCAUUGCUGGAGGUCUCGAGACCGUGCAGGAUGGAGAAUCGCCUGAUAAAGACGAAGAUCGCCGUUCAAAGAAGCAUGACACUGUGCUGGGGAAAUUCAAGAAAUCAGCAAAGCGAUCGCCAGUGCCUGAAGAGCCAGAGAAGGCUUCUAAUAAGCCUGAGCUGGCCACUGUGGAUCGGCUUGAGAUACCUGAUGCUGCGCCGGAUGACUUCGUGUCGGACAAGGAGUCUGAGCAGCCUGAUUGGUUAAGGAAACCUACACUUGUGGAUUCGAGAGUGGGCAAGAAGCCAUGGGCAGAGCUCAAACUUGACCCGCUUACCUGUGACCGCUUAACGAAGCUCACCUUCGAGGGCGCACUGCCAAUACAACAAGCAUUAGUCCCGCUACUCAUGCCUCCUGGUGUUCCGGGUGCAGUAUAUCUGCCAGGCUCAGAGAAGGUUUUGCCUGAUGUUGUCGUAAGUGCACCUACGGGGAGUGGUAAGACGGUUUCCUACCUUCUUCCGAUUACCGAAGCUCUCCGUCGCGCUACUUCUGUUCCUGCUCAGCAAGGUAAAUUGAGCGCCGUAAUUGUUGUGCCGACCCAAGAAUUGGUGACCCAAGUUGCUGCAGUCGCCGAGUCCUUAGGCAAAGGCAGCAAGAUCAAAGUGGGACAAUCGAAUAGCAAGCACAGUCUGCGCGAGGAACAAAGGAAGCUGGUGAAGCAAGGCAAAUACUACGAUUCGGCUGAGUACGAUCGAUACAUGGCCAUCGCGGAUCUUGGUCAGCCCCAGAAUUGUCCAGACGAUGAAAGGUCUCCGGAGUAUGCUGCAUGGCUUGAGGCAAGUCAACCAGAUCCAAGGACCGAGCACCUUAUCGAGACUAUGCUGGAGCCUUCAUGGCCGAAAGGUUUUGUGCCGACGCACGAGUCUCUCGUCAACAUAUUUGUGACUACGCCGCAACGUCUGCAAGACCAUUUGGAGGAAACGCAGGGCUUCACAUUGGAGCAUUUGACAUGGCUUGUACUCGAUGAAGCUGAUCGCAUGCUUGACAACCAGCACCGCAGUUUCCUCGAACUGCUCAACCGCGAGACUAGUCGGGAGCUGCACGUCUUCAGAGAUUACUCAGGGAAGGAGCCUCUAGCUGCUCGGCCACCGAGACUACGAAAAGUUGUUCUGUCCGCAACGAUACCUUCCGAUGUCAAAGUGGAGUAUGCAUUCCAGCUUCGAUUCCCCAAGUUAGUCAUCGAGCGUGCAGCGGAAACACAAGCCGACUCUGGUGCGGAGGCAUACCCGAAACGAGCGAAUGCUAGCGGAGACGUGCAAAUUACUGGAGAGCAACUCGAGCUGCCGCAAAAUCUUGGAGAAUUCGUUGUGCCCGUUGGAGACGGUAGCGAGAAGCCGCUGGUUGCUAUCGAGCUGCUCAAGUCAAGGAUAUUGAAGGACAUCCCAACUAACCUUGGGCAAGCAAAGAACAAGGCCACUGACGCCGUCGACCCUGAUGAUGCUUCCUCUGAUUCUGACAGCGAUGACACCGAUGAUAUCUCGUCGGUCAGCUCUAGCGCCUCAGACAGCACGUUGGAGUCAGACUCCGAUAGCGACUCCUCUUCAGGUGAUGAGCCUACAGAAACGCGGACCAAGAAAACGCCGAAAGAGACCGAUUUGUCUAUACAAGGAGCUUCGAUCACAACGCCUUCAAAGUCCUCUGCUCCCACAGUCCUCAUCUUCACAUCCAGCACCGAAUCUGCCAACCGACUCACCCACCUUCUCAAGGCCCUCGUUCCGUCUUGGAAACCCUACAUCACCACCAUUCUCAAACGCCAACCUCGCCACACCAAACUGAAACCCAGCGAUCCCGCUCUCAUCAUCUCCACCGAUCGCGCCGGCCGUGGCUUAGAUGGCUUUAUGGGCAGAAUGUUCACUCAUGUCAUUCAAUAUGAUGUUCCUCGCAGCUUGACAGACUAUGUCCAUCGUGUUGGACGUACCGCGAGGGCGGGGAGAAGUGGUGAAGCAUGGACUUUGCUUACGCAUAAGCAGGCGGGCUGGUUCAAGGAGGAGAUUGUGAGGAGUGAAGUUUUGGUGAGAAGUGUUGGCGUCGAGGAGGUGAAGAUGGCGAGAGCGGACGAGGGAGUCCGAGAGGCGUAUCAGCAGGCUUUGGAGAGCAUGAGAGAGGCUGUCGAAGGCGGCCAAGGGAGGAAGUGAGAUGUUCGAUAAGUCGAAGACCGUGAACGACUUUGAAACAAAAGUGCAGUUUCGCUAACUUUCGUGUACAAAAGUCUAGAUCCCAUUGUGGGAGAAGCUGGUAAAGACGCUAAAAAUAGCAGCGUAUUUCGAGGCUGUAU